UUAUAAAGGGGUGUUCCAACGCUGAAUCGUUAUUCGAAGUUAACGGCUGAAGCGAAAGGUUUAGAAAAGAGCUGAAUAGCCUUCAUCCACACUUCGACAAUGAAUGGAAACUACUCUUCCCUGGCAUUUCUGCUAAUAAUGGCUUGUGCAUUGACCGCGAGUUUAGAUGCGACGAGCCACAGACCACAGGCCAAAACACGUCAGCGGCAGGCGCGGUCACUUGGCAAAGCCCUGCAAGUGCGUCUGUCCGGGGGAUACUAUGGCCGCGUUGAGGUGCUGUACAACAACACGUGGGGAACCAUUUGUGACGAGGGGCACAGUGGUUGGAACAUCAACUCUGCUAACGUGGCCUGCAGGCAGCUUGGCUACUCAUACGCCACCGAUGCUCUGCUGAGCGGAGCCUAUGGCCAGGGCAAAGGGCCAGUAUUAUUUGAAAAAAUCAUGUGCUAUGGAGAUGAGCGGAACAUCGGAUUCUGUCCAAUUUUAUGGGAGAGACAAAGGGAAUGGAGUUGUCGGUCUGCGGGUGUCAUCUGCAAGCGAAGAAUAAAACCAGUACGGUUGCGUGUUCGUCUGGCCGGAGGCAAAUCCCGUAGAGAAGGCCGUGUUGAAGUUUACUACUCCCGACGAUGGGGCACAAUCUGUGAUUAUCAGUGGGGCAUUUUGGAUGCUAAUGUCGUCUGUCGUCAGCUUGGCUACCCGGGUGCGCUGGCCGCUAAGAGGGAGGCGUUCUUUGGGCAGGGAAAAGGGAAUAUUUGGCUGACCGAUGUCCAGUGCAAGGGACGAGAAAGCAAUAUUGGGCUUUGCAGGAGAAGUUUUCUUGAACAUCAGCAAACCUGUCAGCAUUCAGAAGACGCCGGAGUCAUCUGUAAACCGAAGUUGCGGAAAUCAUCCGGUGACUCAGCGCAAACAAAUGAUCUACAAGCCUGGUCGAAUGACCCGCAAGCCUGGUCGACUCGUGACCCGCAGGACAAGUCGAGUGACCCUCAAGACAAGUCGAGUGACCCGCAAGCCUGGUCGAGUGACCCGCAGGACAAGUCGAGUGACCCGCAAGCCUGGUCGAGUGACCCGCAAGCCUGGUCGAGUGACCCUCAAGACAAGUCAAGUGACCCGCAAGCCUGGUCGAGUGACCCGCAAGCCUGGUCGAGUGACCCGCAAGCCUGGUCGAGUGACCCUCAAGACAAGUCGAGUGACCCGCAAGCCUGGUCGAGUGACCCGCAAGCCUGGUCGAGUGACUCGCAAGCCUGGUCGAGUGACCCGCAAGCCUGGUCAAGUGACCCGCAAGCCUGGUCGAGUGACCCGCAAGCCUGGUCGAGUGACCCUCAAGACAAGUCGAGUGAUCCGCAAGCCUGGUCGAGUGACCCGCAGGACAAGUCGAGUGACCCGCAAGCCUGGUCGAGUGACCCGCAAGCCUGGUCGAGUGACCCGCAAGCCUGGUCGAGAGACCCACCUCCGCCGAAAGGAAGCACUGAUGCAGAUCUCGAUGAUGACAUUCUACUGAAGGAGCUAGAGGCUACGACAGCCGAUGCAAGCAAAAACAGAGCCAAUGGCGCCAUGGAGAACCCUCUCGCCACCAAACGCGUUUACUUGCACAAGACUCGAACGUAUAGACUCUGCGAGCACAAAAGCGGCCUACUCCGGUGUCCACGAGGCCAAAAGAUCUCGAUCGGCUAUGCAAAUUACGGGCGGACCCGCGGGCGGGAGAUUUGCCCGCAUUCUUCCAUUCACACUGUUCGUUGCCACUCGAACUAUUCCUCGCAGCUAAUCCGGUGCGCGUGUCAAGGACGUAACGCGUGCCGACUGUACGCAAAAAACGAGGUGUACGGGGACCCCUGCCCUGGCACAUUCAAGUACAUCGAGGUCAAGUUUAAGUGUAUCAAUAGGUCGAUGCUUGCAGAUAUUAUCGAUUACACAGAAGAAGCAAAGCAAGGAAGGAAUCAAGCAUUUAACAGGAAGAUGAAGAUUGCACUCUGUGUUCUGACACUUAGUUGCAUUGUGCUUUCGACACAAUCAGCGAGUGUGAGUAACUUCUGUCAAGAUAAGGCGGAUGGUAACUAUGCUCAUCCAUCCAAGUGCGAUAUGUACAUCACGUGCUCUAACGGGAUCGCGCACGAGAUGCCAUGUCCCGCGGGACUCAACUGGAACGACGUGACAAAGGAAUGCGACUGGCCGCGCGACGCUCCUUGCUCAACCCACAAAGCCAUCAUUUGCGAGCACCAGACUGCGUCACUCCAAUGCUCAUCUGGAACCAAGAUAAGCAUCUGGUACGCGAACUACGGGCGUACAGCCGGGGCUGCAGUUUGCCCUCAUCCUUCCAUAAAAACGACGAAUUGCGUCUCCAGCUCUGCGGCGAUCCAUGCCGAGUGUCAAGGGAAGACCUCGUGCACGCUUCAUGCUUCGAACUCGGUGUACGGUGACCCGUGUGUCGGCACGUUCAAGUACAUCGAGGUCAAAUACAAGUCAUGCUGUUCAUCUAUCAACUCGACCCAAUCUCCCGCGCAACAAAGCAAGAUGAAGGUUUUGCUCUGUAUUGUUGGCCUUUGUGCCUUAGUGUCCUCGACGCUAGCAGUGAACCUGAGUACUAUUUGUAAAAAUAGAGCGGAUGGAAAUUACCCCCAUCCGGACUUCUGCAAAAUGUACAUCGCGUGCUCUAACGGGAUCGCGUACGAGAUGCCAUGUCCCGCGGGACUCAACUGGAACGACGAAAAGAAGUACUGCGACUGGCCAUUCAAUGCUCCGUGUGAAGUCAUUAUCAUUUGCGAGCACCAGACAGACACGGUGCAGUGCCCUGUUGGUAAGACGAUUGACAUCUCGUACGCAAACUACGGCCGUACAUCCCCCGGUUCUGUAUUUUGCCCUCAUCCUUCCAUAAAAACGACGAAUUGCGUCUCCAGCUCUGCGGCGAUCCAUACCGCGUGUCAAGGGAAGACCUCGUGCACGCUUCAUGCUUCGAACUCGGUGUACGGUGACCCGUGUGUCGGCACGUUCAAGUACAUCCAGGUCCAAUACAAGUGCAUCUAGAUCGCCAUUCUUCGAAAAUAAAUAAAUAGCAUCCAAGUAGAGACAAGCAGAUAAGAUAAUUUGGACCUGAAUAAGAUAAUCUCAGGUGCUGUAUUGGCGACAUGUUUUAACUGAAUAAUAAAAUGGCAUUUACAUAAA